CAGAUACUACCUUGUAAAGAAUCAUGAGCAUUUAAAAGAAAAAAAAAAAAGAAGAAAUUGUUUAGUUAUGAGGUUGAUAAUGAAAGUUUUAAAGUUUGAAAAAAGAUGAGAGGAGAAAUAUAAUACGGAGUAAUGUAUUCAUGGCAGCAAGAUAAUUAGCUCUUCUCAGAUCAAAUCAGAUAAGCUCAGACUCUUGCUUGCAUAUUUGAUCGAUCUAGUUUUGAGUGUGCAAUACCAAAACUUAAAACUACAUACAUAUUCUUACCAUCAAAUUAAAGAUUGGAAUCAAGAGAUAGAUGGCUUGUGUUGCUUUAACUUCUCUCAUUGAAACCAUUGAGAUUGAGUUUAUUGGGCAAACAGCAAGGGUAAGCCUGUCUCUCCAUGAUCGAGCAGGAAUCAAGUCUUUCCUUGAAAACCUUUCUUCUUUGCAAGCCCUUCUCCAGAUGAAAUCCAGUGGUGAUGGUGAUGGUGAUGCACUCAAACUCAGAGAUCUAGAAAUGGAAAUCAAAGACUUUUCACUCAAAGCUGAAGACGACAUUGAACUACAGCUUAGCAACAUCCUUCUCGCUCAUCAACACAGAGAAAAAGCUGCAGCUUGCCAUCAACUCCUCCAUCAAACUUUGCAAGAAGCUGCAAAAAAUGCAACAGAGCUGUUGGAGUCAUUAAAAAUGGGUAGUGCUACUGUUGCUUUAACUAUUCUCAUCAAAAAAAUUGAGUAUUACUUUUGGCAACACUUCCCAACGGUGUAUGGUUGUGAUGGAACAGCAAUGACAAUGUCAUAUUUCUCACACAAACUUUCUACCCUGCGAGGCUGCUUAAUGCAGGAGAGGAAUUCCAAUAGUUCUGAUGCUGCAAUCAAAAUAUUGGAAACAAAAAUCACAAACUUUGCACUCAAAACUGAAGAUGACCUCCAAAUGCAACAAAAAAACUUCCUUCUAACCAAACACACCGUACAUCAAGAAAAAGCUUCCCAGAAACUCCAUCACACCUUGCAAGAAGCAACAGAAAGCGUACAAGAGUUGUUGAGCAUAAUCAAAAGUAGAAGCAGCAAUGAAGUUGAUGAUGAUGAUGAGGCAAAUCAAACUCAACUAUCAAAUACUUGGUUAAAACAUGCUAGCGCUGCGAAUGUUGAGUCUGAUGGAUUCACCUCGCAUGGCUUUCUAAAGCCUGAGGGCAGAAUGGUUGGUCGUCACCAUGAUUGUACAGUCAUAAAGAACCAACUCUUUUCUGGCGGUUCUGCACAAAUAAAUAUAAUCUCAAUUGUUGGAAUGGUGGGUAUUGGAAAGACGACCACUACACCAAAAAGGUUAUUUAGAGGCGGUUAAUUUUUUAUUUAGAGGCGGUUCAAAACCGCCACUAAACUGUUUAGAGGCGGUUCUCCAACCGUGUCUAAAUAGUGUGCCGCAAAAGAUUUAGAGGCGGUUUUAGACAAGUGUGGGAAUUGUUGAUGCAUUUAGAGGCGGUUUUGAAACCGCCGCUAAAUAUAAGGUAGUUUACUUUGCUUUUAGCGGCGGUUCUCUAGCCGCCUCUAAAAAUGAGGUACUUUACUUUUGCAUUUAGCGAUGGUUUUGUAACCGCCACUAAAUAUAUCUAUUUAUUUGUU